AUGGCUGCCCUUACAGAUGUUUUUGUGUGCAUGCCCACAGGGGCAGGAAAAUCCCUUUGCUAUCAGCUUCCUGCUCUGUUGGCCAAAGGCAUCACCCUUGUGGUCUCUCCUCUCAUUGCUCUGAUUCAGGACCAGGUGGAUCACUUACUGGCCUUGAAGGUACACGUGAGUUCCCUAAACUCGAAGCUCUCAGCGCAGGAGAGGAAGGAGCUGCUGUCUGACCUGGAGCGAGAAAAACCUCGGACCAAGAUUUUGUAUAUCACCCCAGAGAUGGCAGCUUCAACCUCCUUCCAGCCCACACUGAAUUCCCUCGUCUCCCGCCACUUACUGUCUUACUUGGUGGUGGAUGAAGCUCAUUGUGUUUCCCAGUGGGGCCAUGACUUUCGUCCUGACUAUUUGCGUCUGGGUGCCCUGCGCUCCCAACUAGCACAUGUCCCAUGUGUGGCUUUGACAGAUACAGCUACCCUGCAAGUCCAAGAGACCGUGUUUGCUGCCCUGCACCUGAAACAACCAGUGGCCUCUUUCAAGACUCCCUGCUUCCGUGCCAACCUCUUCUAUGAUGUGCAGUUUAAGGAACUGAUAACUGAUCCCUAUGGAAAUCUGCGGGACUUCUGCCUUAAGGCUCUUGGACAGAAGUCUAGUAAAGGGGUGAGGCACUGUGGCUGA